CCACAGUCUAAAGUAGAAACUACGGCCCAGAUCGAAUCAUAUCGAUAUGGUUUAAAGCUAAAACUGAACGAAGCCACUGGCAUGUGAACACGUGAAGAUCGGAAAGUGUAAACCAAAGUAUGGCGCCCUCAGAGGAUCUGUCAACUGGCGUGAAAGAUAGGAGCAACAACACCAUCCUUAUCAAUUCUUGUAAGAAUGAAUUGUUUAAGUUAACAGACAAUUAUAGGACGCUGCAUCGUAAGCUGAAGGGGACGUGGAAGGUUAUGCUAAAUAAGGAAGAAAUAACCGACGUUGCACUAUCGGAUACUUCUGUAUUCGUUUUGCCUGGACCCCGAGAAAAGUUCUCAGAAGCAGAAUUCAACUGCAUGAAGAAAUUUUUGGAUUCCGGAGGAUAUAUGUUAGUAAUGCUUGGCGAAGGUGGUGAAAAGGCAUUCCAUACAAAUAUCAAUUUUCUUCUUGAAGAAUAUGGUAUUAUGGUUAACAACGAUUGUGUUAUUCGGACAACAUACUACAAAUACUUUCAUCCUAAGGAAUGCUUAAUUACAAAUGGAGUUAUAAACCGAUCUAUUGCUCAAGCUUCAGAGAAAUACUCGGCAUAUCAAGAUGACUAUUAUAGUUCCCAGGCGCUGAGCUUCAUAUAUCCGUACGGUGCAACACUGAAGCUUGCACGGCCAGCUGUGGCACUCCUUUCCACUGGGAGUGUUGCAUAUCCUCACCAGCGACCGGUCUGUGCAGUUUCUGGACGGCUUGUGGUUCUGGGAUCAGGACACAUGCUAGCCGAUCGCUAUAUUGAUCGUGAGGAUAAUGACCGCAUUCGGGAGGUACUACUGCGACUCUUGUCUCCUCCACCAUUUGACCUCAAUGAUGUGGACGCAGAAGAUCCUGAAAUAGCAGACUACAACAUGAUACCAGACACAGCAAAGUUGGCAGAAAGGCCACGUGUAUGCUUACAGGAAUCGACAGAUGAGAUACCAAUGGAUUACACGAAGUUGUUUGAUCAGCGUUUAUUCUCCAUACAUACAGGCAUUGUGGCAGAUGCAAUUGAAGCUUACAAUCAAUUGAACGUGAAACAUGAACCCCUCAGACUUAUAACACCUCAGUUUGAAACACCACUUCCAUUUCUUCAAGCAGCUGUAUUUCCACCAUCAUUCAGAGAGCUCCCUCCUCCUUCUUUGGAGCUUUUUGACCUGGAUGAAGCAUUUAGUUCAGAGCAGGCAAGACUUGCCCAGCUUGCAAAUAAGUGUCAGCUGACAGCUGGAGAAACAGAAUCAGAAGCAGAUGUGGAAUACUUUAUUCGUGAAUGUGGAUAUGCCCUGGGUGUAGAUGCACCCUCUCCUGACGCUAGAUCCAUUCUACAUGCAGUUGGGUUGCAGAUUGCAGAAUUCCGCAAACUGGGUCAACCAGGAGAAUAAAUAAACUAUUAUCUGAUGUAAUUGUUCAGAAUUGUUGUGUUAGUUUUUGAUGGUGUGCAUUUUCUACUUUAUUCAGUAUUGCUUUAAACAAUAAAUGUCAAUAUUUUAAAUAGUU